UCAAGCAAACUAGAUGACGCUGGGUGGGUGCCUUGCAUUUUUAGGAUUGUCCUGAGAUUCAAGAGUUUGUUGUGCUGGGCAGCUUCAUGUUUUUGGAUAUAAUAGCAGCACUUGAAUGUCUCACAACAUUGAGGACCCAUUCCUAUACAUGAAUGCAAGUGUUCUGAACUGGGGCAGUGUUGAUCCCUGCCAGAGGGGGGAUGCCUGGUGCGAUGCAAUGAGGAGCAGUCGGAUGAGGUCCUGUAGAGGUUCUCGAGUGCGGGGCCAUGUACAGUGCUGGAAGUAUGAUUAAGGAUAACAAGGAAACUAUUCCGCUUAUGGGCAAGAAACCAAAUCCACCUGGUACACCUCCUACACAUCACCAGGACAAAAAGGCAACUGAAAGCACUCUCCCAAAGAAAAGCAGCUCGCACUUUUUCCUCGAGCUUGAUGGCUUUGACAGCAAUUCUACUCCAAGUCACGCAUCUCCUCCUGUGUUUUCAAAACCCAUGGAUUCAAAUAUCCGCCCUUGUGCAUCUGGAAAUGGGGAAGAUAUAGAUUCCCCACAAUCUCUUCAGGAUGAUAUUACAAACACAGACAGCUGUUGUACUAACCUGCCGCAUGGAGCUCAACAGAACAAUGUCCGGAAAAAGCUGAAGAAGUAUUUGUUCAGGGCAGUAUCUGAGGGGAAUAUAGAAGAAUUAUGUCAUCUCCUCAUAGAAAUAAAGGAAAGGUCAAAUGCAUGUAGAAACAUGACUGUGCCAGAAUAUCUGAUGAAAAAAUUAACUGCUUCUGAUACUGGGAAAACCUGUCUGAUGAAGGCCUUGUUGAACAUCAACCGGAACACAAAUGAAAUUGUGAAUAUACUGCUCUCCUUUGCAGAAGAAAAUAGUAUUUUGGAAAUAUUUAUUAAUGCUGCAUACACAGACGAAGCCUACAAAGGCCAGGCUGCUCUAAAUAUUGCCAUUGAAAGAAGACAAUAUGAUAUUGCCAAGACCCUCAUAGAAAAAGGAGCAGAUGUCAAUGCCCAUGCAGAGGGUGUGUUCUUUAAUCCCAAAUACAAGCAUGAAGGCUUUUACUUUGGUGAAACUCCACUGGCAUUAGCUGCAUGCACCAAUCAGCCAGAUAUUGUUCAACUGCUAAUGGCCAAUAGCAGGACUGAUAUUACCUCACAAGAUUCCCGAGGAAACAAUAUAUUGCACGCAUUAGUUACAGUGGCAGAGGACUUUAAAACCCAAAAUGACUUUGUAAUCAAAAUGUAUGACAUGAUUUUACUGAAAAGUAAAGCUAGAAUGCUGGAGACCAUGAAGAAUAAAGACGGUUUGACACCACUACAGCUAGCUGCAAAAACUGGGAAAGUGGAGAUUCUCAAAUACAUUCUUAGUAGAGAAAUAAAAGACAAGCCAAACAGAAGCCUUUCCAGAAAAUUCACAGAUUGGGCUUAUGGACCUGUUCAAUCUUCUCUUUAUGACCUGACAGAACUAGAUACCACCGUGGACAACUCAUUACUGGAGAUUAUUGUUUAUAACACAAAUAUUGGUAACCGCCAUGACAUGUUGACCUUGGAGCCCCUGAAUUCACUACUGCGAAUGAAAUGGAAAAAGUUUGCAAGACACAUGUUCUUUAUUUCAUGUUGCUUUUAUUUCAUAUACAACGUAACAUUAACACUUGUCUCCUACCACAAGCCCCAUGGAGAGGAGGAUCCACCUUAUCCAUUAAUUCUGACACGUAACAUGGGAUGGCUACAUCUGAUGGGACAACUGUUUGUUAUGCUAGGGGCAUUAGGUUUAGCUGUAAGAGAGAGUGUCGCAAUCUUUCUGCUGAGACCCUCAGACCUUCAAUCAAUUCUAUCAGAUGCAUGGUUCCACUUUGCAUUUUUUAUACAAGCUGUGCUUGUGAUCUUCUCUGUCUUCCUCUACUACUUUUCCUACAAAGAACACCUUGUGUGCCUUGUUUUGGCUAUGGCAUUAGGAUGGGCCAACAUGCUGUAUUUCACCAGGGGGUUGCAAUCCAUGGGGAUAUAUAGUGUCAUGAUCCAAAAGGUCAUCCUACAUGAUGUGAUAAAGUUUUUAGUUGCAUACAUCAUAUUUUUGCUGGGAUUUGGUGUAGCUCUUGCUGCAUUGGUUGAUCCUUGCCCCAAAAACACUGAAUGCCAUUCCUACAGCAGUCUGGGCAAAGUUCUCAUGGAGCUUUUUAAGCUCACCAUAGGACUUGGAGAUCUGGAGAUCCAGCAGAAUUCAAAAUAUCCUCUGCUCUUCCUUCUUAUUCUCAUAACUUAUGUAAUACUGACUUUUAUUCUCCUUCUGAACAUGCUGAUCGCAUUAAUGGGAGAAACUGUGGAAAAUAUUUCUAAAGAGAGUGAGCACAUUUGGAAACUCCAGAGAGCCAGGACCAUUUUGGAAUUUGAAAAAAUUCUACCAAAAUACCUGAGGAAAAAGUUCAAGUUGGGAGAGCUGUGUAAAGUAGCAGAAAAUGACACUAGAUUAUGCUUAAGGAUUAAUGAAGUGAAAUGGACCGAAUGGAAAACGCAUGUUUCAUUUAUUAAUGAAGAUCCAGGGGCAACAGAUUACAACAGAAUUCAAGAUAAUUCAAGAAGUAAUAGCAAAAACACCCUGAACACAUUUGAUGAAAUGGACGAUUUGCGAGAAACCACUGUUUAGUUGCGCAGUACUUCAUCUUUAGACCCUUAAAAAAAGGACCCGCAAAGAUACUGGAAUCCUAAUGUGUUUGUACGUCAGGCAGCUACAAGCAGGCGGAGCAGCUUUCAUGGACUGACAGUCCAGUGACUGCAGUCCACAUAAUCAUAAAAUAUCAGCGCAAGGAAUAAGGACUGUUCUGUCUUGGCUCAGUUGGAGCCCCUUGAACAAAACCACUUGUGUCAGACUUGUGUGAGAAUAUUCAAAGAUGGUUCUUGAUUUUUUUUUUGUAUCGGUUAAAAAAUAAUCAAACAAAGGUGGUAUACAAUAUUUGUACCUUUUGGAGAUGUUAUUCAGAUCUCUUUUGAGGCCUGACAUUCUAGCAUCUCUUCUAGUAUCUCUAAUCCAUGAGAAACCAUUUUUAUACUGAAAAUGAUGAAGUUUUUGGAAUGUGAAAUAAGACAUUUCAGCUUUGAAAUAAAACCACUCUAUGAAGUAUGUCAUUUUGAAAGUUCUGGAUACAAUUGGUGCUUGCAUGGAGGUUGUCAGUGUUAUCAUUAUAGGACUGACUGAUCUUGCAAGUAGGGGUGGGGGUGGGAAGUGACAGAACCUCAAGGGAAAAGUCUUGCAAGAUCUGUCUCUUUGUCUAUAAUGCCCAGGGUGAAUAUACAUGUCUGUUUCUUUUUCCUUAUUUGUACUGUAUAAAAUCCCUUUCAUAAAAGUAAAGGUCAGGAAAAUUAAUUCAUUUCAAGGGGGUUAUUGCUUGGGUUGGUAUAAAUCACUAGGAGUUUGGCCUUUCGCUAUCACCACUGAAAAAUCCAGUGCGUGUUUGUCUUAUUGUUUAAACAACGUACUUGUUACCACAUCUGGAGUUUUCUUGGGUUUUAACUUAACUCCUAAGCUCAUCUACAAGUACAAAUAAAUAUUUGUCCACAAAGAAAUUUUUAAUAAAAGUAUUUGUAGUGUAAUUCCAGACCUUUUAAGCUCCUUUCUGCAUUCAAAACACUAUGUUGCACUUUUUGUAGCACUUUCUAGUUGACCGGUUAUCAAAACUUAUAACUAUGAAUGGUGUUGUUUACAUGUGUAUAUAUUAAAUGCCAUAUUUUUAUUUUAAGCAUGUUGAAAAUUUGCUAAUAUUUCUGUACAACGUGCUUGAAUCUUCAUGGCUUCGAUAAAAUAGUUUGUUUGUUGAGUUAUUUUAAAGAUAAAAAGAGGCACUCAGAAAAGAUGAAAAUCCCGAUAUGUGUUUUGUGUAGUAAUAAGAGCUGGAUUAGAUCCUUAGAACUGCCUAGCCAGACCAUUCAGCACCAGUAUCUUUGAGUCACAAGAUGACCAUGACCAGGUUGAUGAUGAAUAAUAAGCACAGUAGAUCAGAUUCUGUUCUUUUUUAUAUAAUAUUUAUUUAAAGUUAAAGACAAAACAUGAUAAUUUAAUAAAUAUUUAAUUUUCUCUGUCA